AUGGCGCUGCGAACGCUUAGCAUGGCCUGAAAGUUGAGAAGGUUGUUUGGAAAAUGUUCCAUUCAUAUAGUCGAAUUUUCGUUAAGAUUCGAUAUUAUGCUGUUCAAAGGAGAAAGCAGAUUUAUUGUUUACUGUGUGGUGUUACAACUUGUGGUUUACAUAUUCCAUUUUUAAUGGGUACAAAAGAUAUUAGUUUUAUGGCAGAAAAUAAUAUAGCAUCAAUGAGUGAAAAUAGUUGCAUUUCUGGUGAAAGUGAAUUUUCCUGGUUGGAUGAAUUUGGUCCAAAAUUUGGUGUUAGUGCAAAGAAUAUUAAAAUUUUACAUGAACCAUCACAAUUUUUUCAAAAUUUAAAAGAUUAUACACUGAAAGCUACAAAAAGAAUUACACUUGCUUCAUUGUAUAUUGGUACAGGCCCACUUGAAGAAGAAUUAAUAUCUUGUCUACAUUCGGCUUUAGAGAAAUCUGAUGGUAAAGUAAAAGCAAAAGUACUUGUUGAUUUUACUCGAGGUUCUAGAGGACAAAAGAAUACACGGACAUUAUUACUACCCUUACUUCGUGACUUUCCUUGUGAUAUAAAUGUUGCUCUUUAUCAUACACCUUCUCUUAGAGGAUGGAUUAAGACACUUCUUCCUGAACGAUGGAAUGAAACUAUCAGUUUAACACAUCUAAAAGUUUACUUAUUUGAUAACACUAUAAUUUUAAGUGGGGCCAAUCUUAGUGAUCAGUAUUUUACCAAUCGCCAAGAUCGAUAUAUAAUAUUUGAAAACUGCCCACAUUUGGCCGAUUAUUUUGAUAAUCUUGUUAACACAGUCAGCACAUUCUCUUUUCAGUUAAGGCAAGAUAAUAGCAUUGUAUUACAUCAAAAUUGGUCUAUUCACCCUUAUGAAGGUAAGUUAUCAUUUAAGUUACAUGUUAUUAAUGAAAAUGAAACAUUUUAUAUUGUGAAUAUAGU